AUGGCGGUUUCUUCUUCUUCUUCUGCAAAAUGGGUCCUCAAUGCUUGCUUCUUUUUGCUUCUGGUGCUUCUCAUUGGAGAAGCCACGGCCAAUCCAAAGAUCCCUCAGCUCAGGAAUGUUGAAGUUGAAGCAAACAAGUUGAAGAGCUUGAACAACUCAUCAAUGGCGGCGAGGGCAAAAGAAGCUAUGAAAUUAAAUGAGCAUGCUGCAGUGGCUAACCCAGAGGAGGUGGCUUCAAUGGUAGAGAUGAGGAUCCAGAAUAGCACAGAAAGAAGGAAACUGGGAUUCUUCUCCUGUGGAACUGGUAACCCCAUUGAUGAUUGCUGGCGUUGUGACCCCAAUUGGCAACGUAACAGGAAGCGUCUUGCAGAUUGUGGCAUUGGUUUUGGUAGAAAUGCCAUUGGUGGUCGUGAUGGCAAGUUCUAUGUGGUCACUGACCCCAGAGAUGAUGACCCUGUUAACCCCAAACCUGGCACAUUGCGCUAUGCUGUGAUUCAGGAUACACCUCUCUGGAUUGUGUUCCAAAGGGACAUGGUUAUACAGUUGAAGCAGGAGCUCAUUAUGAACAGCUUCAAGACCAUUGAUGGGAGAGGAGCUAAUGUCCACAUUGCUAAUGGAGCAUGCAUCACUAUCCAGUAUAUUACCAAUGUCAUCAUUCAUGGCCUUCACAUCCAUGACUGCAUACCCACUGGAAAUGCCAUGGUGAGGAGCUCCCCGUCACACUUUGGAUGGAGGACAAUGGCUGAUGGAGAUGGCGUCUCCAUAUUUGGCUCAAGUCACAUUUGGGUGGAUCAUAACUCUUUGUCCCAUUGUGCUGAUGGCCUUGUGGAUGCUAUCAUGGGCUCAACAGCUAUAACAAUUUCCAACAACCACUUCACCCACCACAAUGAGGUGAUUCUGCUGGGCCACAGUGACUCUUACACAAGAGACAAGCAGAUGCAAGUGACCAUCGCAUACAACCAUUUUGGCGAGGGACUUAUCCAGAGAAUGCCACGGUGUAGACAUGGAUAUUUCCAUGUGGUGAACAAUGACUACACUCACUGGGAGAUGUAUGCUAUUGGUGGAAGUGCUAACCCCACCAUCAACAGCCAGGGCAAUCGAUACAGUGCUCCUGCUAACCCUUUUGCCAAGGAGGUGACUAAGAGAGUGGAAACAGCUGAAACCGAGUGGAAGGGUUGGAAUUGGAGAUCAGAGGGAGAUUUAUUGGUGAAUGGUGCUUACUUCACCCCAUCAGGUGCUGGAGCUUCAGCAAGCUAUGCCAGAGCCUCUAGCUUAGGAGCUAAAUCUUCUUCCAUGGUUGGUUCCAUGACUUCUAAUGCUGGUGCACUUGGUUGCCGCAGAGGCCGUCAGUGCUAGCAUAGCAUAUCAAUGAAAGAGCCAUUUUUUUUCUUUUUGUGUUUGAUUUUCAGUUUUACCAUAUUAUAGUAGCAUCUAAAUAUCAUAAUUGGUUUCCUCACACAUCACCAUCAUGCAUUCUUGACAAGUGUACAUUAAUUACACAUGUCAAUAUGUUAUAUGUUACCCAUUUUCCCAGCCACAUUGUGUUAUUGUUGGUCAACCUCAGCUGCUCGACUUGCUCCAGCUGAAACAAAACAAUACCAUUGUAGGAGCAGGUGCAGAAGCGUGGUCCGUUGUUUUCCUUUCUCUUCUUUGGUCCUUCCCAGCUCAUUUCACCAACCUUACCCACCAAUUCACAUGCAUAUUUUUCCCAAUGUCAAAUCAUGUCUCCUUACACACUGUUCAGUCUUUUUCAGUUUUAUAGGAUUUGAAUGAGCUGAGAUAUAUAUUAUAAAUUUUCUCUUAC